AUCUCCAACUCCAACCGCCGCCGCCGGCAUCAGCCCAACCUGCCUACCUACCGAACCAUCCAUUCAUCCAUCCACCACCGCGCCAACCCAUUACGCUCGGCACUGGCCUCGCCCGCGAGCAUCGUCCCCCCUUCGUUCCGACAACGUCACUCCGCAUCGGCGCCGUCGCCGCUUCUUUUUUUGUCCCCGUUGCCCGGCAGCCCGUUCAUCGUGACCCUGCCUUGUGUCUGCCUCUGCAGGCUCGUGCCGUCCCGCCGCCUGCCGCAUCUCCACCCUGUCACGCACACGCCUCGACUCGCGUUUGCGUGUCUCGUCCGCACGCUGCCCCCCUCCGACCAGCAGCACCCGUCGGUCAAUCGCCAGAGCGACACUCUGCGGCGCGGCAGCGGACACGACAUCGGCUGUGACCACCGUGGGCAGCAGCUUCGCUGGCUUUGACGUCUACUACUAAGCCUACUUCGUACACCGUCACCAUUGCCGUCACCGACACCGACACCGACACCGACACCGACACCGACACCGGCAGCGCCCGCCCCCCCUUCGUUACAACCCCGUCGCACAGUCCUCGCGUCGCACAGACUGCAUCUCGGAGCCUGACAUCGCGCCAGCCUGCUGUUGCCGGCUAUGCUGUGAGGCGUCUCCUUCGCCAACCCGCCCGGCCCCCGUCACCAGCACCUCGCGAGUAGCUGCACCGCCUCCGCCGUCGCGACUUGUUACCUGUCGGUCGCCUCGUGUCUGACACUGCAGAUCCCAUUGCCGCACUGCAUCCCACGCCACCAUGAGCGCGCCACUCUCGCCCGACGAGCUUGCGCGCUUCACCGAGAUCAUCGACGGCAUCCUCGCCACCGCCGACCUCGAGACUAUCUCGCGAAAAAAGGUCCGCCAGGGCCUCGAGGCCUCCCUCGGCGGACGCGACCUGAGCGACCAGAAGGAUGCCAUCAAGCGACUCAUCGAGGCCCGCUUCGAUGCCGUGUCUGGCGCCAACGUAAACGACGUCCCCGCCUCGUCUGUGCCGGACCCGUCCCCGAAUAAGAGGCCCGCCACCAACGGCGUCUCCGACUCUGCCGAGACGGACCCCUCGGCCUCUCCCGAGCCGGCCAAGAAGAAGGCGAAGCGAUCGACGUCCUCGGAGGAUGCCGAUGCGCGCCUGGCUGCGGCCCUGCAGGCGCAGGAGAACAGCCUCGCGCGGGCGCGCUCUACGCGCGGCGGCGGCGACCGCACAAAGGUAGUGAAGAAGAAGAAGGCCCCCCGGAAGAAAAGCGCCAAGAAGGUUGGCGAGGACGACGACAGCGAGGCCGACGGGAGCGCCGACUCUGUCCCCAAGCGCAAGGCCGGUGGCGGCUUUCAGAAGCCCUUUAUCCUCAGCGCGACGCUGUCGGAGCUCUGCGGCGAGACUCAGCUCUCGCGCCCGCAGGUGGUCAAGAAGCUGUGGGAACACAUCAAGGCCAACGACCUGCAGGACCCCAAGGACAAGCGUCAGAUCCGGUGCGACGACAAGAUGCAGGCCGUAUUCAAGCAGGCCAGAGUGGACAUGUUUCGCAUGAACAAGGAAAUAGGGCACCAUCUCUACCCGGUCGGCGAGGAGUGAAGGUCAUCAGAAGGCCAGCAGCAGGGGGUCACACAGAGCGAACUAAACCACCUUGUGCGGUUCCGGCGCAAAGGGGAGUAACUAGGUUGAUUUUUUCAAUCCUUUAUGGGCUUGAUUUGCGAAACGGUCGCUGGGCAAAAUGGGCGGGUAGCAUUAGCCAAAGGCGAGAGGGAGGGAGUGCGUGUGACAGCUGGUCACGACGGCGGAUUUCCAUUUCGUUACUCAUUAUCUCGAAGGAGGGGAGG